UGAACUUGCAGUGCGUGUUCCAGCAAACUCCGGCUGAUAUCGCGGGCGAAGCAGAAGCAACCGUUGAGAAAUGUGCCGAUGCAAGUUUCUUGAUAAUGUAUGCGCCGUAAAUAGUGUAGUUGUAAUGACAAAUUGUAACUAGCAAGAAAGCGGCGCGAUACCGCGCGAUUUCCUGUGUGCUGGACGUUUAUAGUUUGAUCUUGCGCUAAUAUCGCAAUUGUAGGCGGAUUAAAAUCUCGAAAAAAACAAAAUGUUUCGUGUAGUUACAAACAAGUUGUCCAAGUGGAGCUUCAAGAAAAGCAAAACGUUCACCACGAAAACGAGUAAAGCGAACGAGACGAAGCAUAUCGAAGUGCCCGGUAGUGCAGAUAUUGUAGUAAUAGGUGGUGGCAGUGCUGGCUGCAACGCGCUUUAUCAAUUGGGCAAACGUGGUGUAAAUGCGGUACUCUUAGACAAAUCUAAGCUGAUAUCCGGCACAACAUGGCAUACAGCAGGUCUUGUGUGGAGUUUACGCGGAGUGUGCGACGUGGAGAUGGAGUUGCUGAGAGUCUCACGGUUCCUUUACGCAUCGUUGCAAGAAGAAACCGGUGUAAAUCCAGGGUGGAUAAACAACGGUGGGCUGUACAUCGCUCAUUCUCCGGAACGAGUGGCCGAGUAUGAGAGAUUAGUCACUGGCUGUAGAAGUUUCGGCAUCAACGCGUAUAUGGUUGAGCCGGCCGAGGCGAAGAAGAAGUUUCCUCUCGUGGAUGACAAGGCAUUUGCGGCUGCAGUGCAUUGUCCAACGGAUGGUACUAUAGACCCUGCCAUGAUGGUGAACGCAUUAUCCAAGUCUGCAGAAAGAAAUGGUUGCAAGAUCAUCGAAAAUUGUCCAGUCACGAAAAUCCUCACGGAGGAGAUCGACGGUCAUAAGAGCGUUCGCGGAGUGGAGACACCUUAUGGCACUAUAAAGAGCAAGGUCAUAUUGAACGCCGCGGGAGCAUGGUCGGGAAAUAUAGCGCGAAUGGUGGGACUGAAUAUCCCGUUAGUACCGAUGAAACACGCAUAUAUCGUCACCGAGCCGAUGAACGUACGGGGGUUGCCGAACCUCCGGGAUCCUGAUCUGAGUCUCUACUUCCGCGUACAGGGCGGGAAUAUAUGUAUCGGGGGAUACGAGCCGAAUCCUAUCAUAUUGAAAUCUGCACCGGAAGACUUCUCCUUCAGUCUAUAUGAGCUGAAUUGGGACGUGUUCAAUACACACGUAGAAGCGAUGAACAAACUCAUACCCGCUCUCGCGACUACUGGAAUAAGAACGACAGUCUGCGGCCCGGAAAGCUUCACUCCCGACCACAGACCUAUUAUGGGUGAAGACCCACGCUGCACAGGCUUCUAUUACUCCUGCGGAUACAACAGCGCCGGAAUGAUGUUCGGUGGUGGUUGCGGAGAGCAAGCAGCUUUGUGGAUGAUUAACGGACGACCGGACAAGUAUAUGUUCAGCUACGACAUUAGACGAUAUAUACCGGAGCAAAGGGAAAAUUCCACCUGGAUAAACGAGCGCAGUCAUGAGGCUUAUGCGAGAAAUUACGAGAUUCUUUUCCCGCAUGAUGAACAUUUAAGCGGUAGAAAUUUGAAAACAGAUCCUUUCCACAAGCUAUUCAUUAAAGAAGGUGCCAUCAUGGAAGAACGACAAGGAUGGGAACGCCCAGGAUGGUUCUUGCCAGACAACAAAACAGCCGAAGUUUUGCCAUACGAUUACGAUGGUUACUACGAUACGCCAAAAAACACGAAUCACGUGUACGCCGAUGUAUUGAAGACAGAACGUACAUUCAACUUCCCGCCACACGAUGAUAUUAUUCGAGAGGAAGCACUUUCGUGCAGGAAUAACGUCGCCCUGUUCAACAUAUCUUACUUCGGAAAGUACUAUUUGUGCGGUCCUGACGCGAGCGAGGCGGCGAAUUAUAUAUUUACAUCUCGAGUAGAUCGAGAAAUCAACAGGACUGUGUACACUUGUAUGUUGAAUCGUGGCGGAGGUGUAGAAGGAGAUUGCACAAUCACCGGUCUACAAUCUGGCAUGGGUGGAAUUGUUGAUCCCAUAUUCAAAGGAAAGGGAUUCUACAUUGUGAGCGGAGGCAUAUCAUCGUACCAUACUCGAACGCAUAUCGACAAAAUAAUAAGAGAAAAGGCCUUUAAUGUAUCUCUACACGAUGUCACGGAGCAGAUCGGAAUUUUAUCAGUCCAGGGCCCUAACAGCCGCCAAGUUCUUCAAAUGUUGGUCGAGGAUGAUCUUUCCAACGAAUCGUUUCCAUUUUCAACAUCGAAACUGGUGCGUAUAGACGGCGAAUUGGUACACUUAUUUAGACUCAGCUUUGUCGGUGAACUUGGCUUCGAACUGCACAUCCCACGAAGCUCCUGCGAGAAAGUUUACAGAGCCUUAAUAGAAGGUGGGAAGAAAUAUGACAUGAAAUUGGCCGGCUAUAGAGCGCUUUACAGUCUGAGUUGUGAGAAAGGAUAUCAUCUUUGGAGUACAGAUUUGAGACCAACUGACAAUCCGAUUGAAGCAGGUUUAGGAUUUACUUGUCGUAGUAGUGGAGAAUAUUUAGGAAAAAUAUCCGUUGAACAGUACCGUAAAAAUGGUAUCAAGAAAAGACUGGUGCAUUUACAUGUACAUGACGACAUACCAUUGUGGGGUAUGGAAAGUGUUUAUAGGAAUAAUCAGUUAGUUGGUUACUUAAGAAGAACCGAACGUGGAUAUACUUUGAAAAGCAGUAUUGGACAGGCAUAUAUCAGAGCUCCAAAUGGGCAAAAUAUUACAAAGGAAUUCUUAGAAACAGGUACUUACCAGAUUGAAGUAAUGAGGAAGAAAUAUCCUGCAAAGAUGUAUCUUCAUAGUCCCUUUGAUCAGGAUAACAAGAGAUUACAAGGUAUAUAUGUGAUGUAAAGUACUUAUAAACAUUAUACUCUUUGUAAUUUG